UUCUUCAGUAACGAACUCACUACCGUUUCGCAUCCACGUUUCGCCGCCUGUUAAUCUAACGUUUCUUUUCUCUUUUAAAGAAAACGCCGGUUGGUUAGUUAGUUAGUUAUGGGUCUUUUGGAGAAGCUUUGGGAUGAUACUAUUGCCGGACCUCAGCCGGAUUCCGACCUUGGACGUCUCCGCAAAUUCGAUACUUUAAUCACUCGCUCUUCUACCCCUUCUAAGGAAAUGGAGGGAGAGAGAUCCUACAGUGGAGAUGCGAUAUCGGGGGCGGAAAAUCAGGAGGAAGUCAAAGUUUCGAGAAGAAUAAUGAUAGUGAAACCACCUGGAUACAAUCAGAAUUCUGGAUCAGCUCCGGCGAGUCCUGCCGGAUCUACGCCGCCGUCAUCGCCGUUUUCCGGAAGCAGAUCAGGAGCAUUCAGGUUUCGGAGGAGAUCAACGUCAGACGCGAAUGAAAAGGCAGCGAAUGAGGACUGCACCUGCCGAAGCUCUCCUCCUCCUUAAGAUGUCUGAUGUCUGAUAUCUGAAAGUUGGAAACAACUGAUCGAGGCUCGACUAAUCUCUCUCCAGUUUCCACCCUAGUUUAAAGGCUUUGCUAACACGUACUGUCGUUGAGGCUUCACCAAACCCAGCCUUCGUCCAUGUGUCAUAUACUUAUAAAUCACUUGUAAACUGGACUUGCAGCUUGCUUGUGGUAUAUGUAAAUAUUUGGUGUAUGGACUUUUACUUCUCUGAGUUACCUCCGGGCUUAGGCCGUCCAUGUGAAAUAUAGGGAUUGCGCGCGCACCUUGUAAUAUAUCCCGUGUCGUUUGAUAGUUUGUACGGAGUAGUAUGAGUUGUGAUGAUGGUGUUCAUGCAACCACGAUGUUAUCCUCUUUGCAGUAGUCUUUCACUCUUCCUCUUGUAAGGUUUGUUCUCAAUGAAAUAUGAAUGCCGGAAUUUCGUUUUUGUAUGAA